AUGGAGCAGAAGAACCUCACUGCCACAGUGACAGAAUUUGUCCUCUUGGGCCUCACUCAAAGUCCUGUGCUGCAGCGAUUCCUCUUCGUCAUCUUUUCCGUACUCUACCUGACAACCUGGCUGGGUAACUUCAUCAUUAUCACCACCGUGAUCUCCAACCACCGACUCUACACCCCGAUGUACUUCCUGCUGGCCAACCUAGCUUUCAUAGAUAUUAGUGAUCCUACAGUCAAUGUGCCGAAGAUGCUGUUGGGUCUCCUCUCCCAGCACAAAACCAUCUCAUUCAAUGAGUGCAUCCUCCAGAUGUUCUUCUUCCACUUCAUUGCCAGUGCUAUGGUCUUUUUACUAGUGGUGAUGGCUGCCGAUAGGUACGUGGCCAUCCAUAAACCAUUGCAAUACUUGACUAUUAUGAACCGGGGUGUGUGUGUGCGGUUAGUGGCAGGCACAUGGAUGGGUGGUUUGGCUCACUCUGCUAUUCAGAUUGGACUGGUCCUCCAGUUACCGUUCUGUGGGUCAAAUGUCCUGGACAAUUUCUACUGUGAUAUCCCACAAGUAGUCAAACGGGCCUGGGCCGACACCUACCUGUUCGAGUUGCUUAUGGUCUCCCAAAGUGGAGUACUUGCCAUAAUUAUCUUCAUCCUCCUGCUCAUUUCAUACACUAUCAUCUUAGUCAAGAUAAGGACACACUCAAGGAAGAAGCAAAAACUCUCUCCACCUGCGGAAUGCAGAUCAUGGUUCUGUGUUUAA